AUGGUGCUCUGGAAUAACAGUGAUGCUUUGGAACGCAUCUUCCUCUUAAUCUUAGGUGGUUUCCAUGGGCUGAAGACUGUUCAUGCUUGGCUCUUGAUUCCAUUCUGUCUUGCAUACCUGGUAGCAUUUAUAGGCAACAUCACCAACCUCUCUGUUGUCUGGAAUGAGUCCUCACUCCACCAGCCCAUGUAUUACUUGCUGUCCAUCCUGGCAAUAAUUGACCUGGUCAUGUCCAUGUCUACAUUCCCUAGAGUAUUGGCUGCGUUAUGGUGGGAAGCCCUGGAAAUUCAGAUGGGAGCUUGUUUUGCUCAGCUCUUCUUCAUCCACACCUUCACAUUCUUGCAGUCGUCAAUGCUGCUGGCCAUGGCCUUUGACCGUUUUAUGGCUAUCUGUCAUCCACCACACUACUCAAGCAUCCUCACCAAUGAUAUCAUUGGAAAGACAGGCUUAGGCUGCUUGCUACGAAGUGCAGGAGUAGUGAUGCCUACGCCCAUAUUACUAAGGUGCUACCAUUACUGCCAUGCUAAUGUCCUCAGCCACCCCUUUUGCCUGCAUCAGGAUAUUCUUAAAUUAUCCUGCUCUGAUGCCAGUGUCAACAACAUCUGUGGGUUAUGUGUGGUCAUUAUCACACUGGGCACAGAUUCAGUCUUCACACACCUCUCCUAUGUCCUAAUCCUCCAGGCUGCGUUGGGGAUUGCAUCUGCUGAAGAGCGACUAAAGGCUCUCAACACCUGUUUAUCCCAUGUAUGUGUGGUACUUAACUUCUUUGUACCUCUAAUAGGGGUAUGCAUGGUCCAUCGCUUUGGGAAAAAAUUGCCUCCAAUAGUCCACAUCCUCAUGGCUGACAAUGACCUGCUUCUCCCACCGGUACGUAAUCCCAUUAUCUACAGCAUCAGGACCAAGCAGAUUCCUCGAGGAAUUAUUCACAUGUUUAGGCAAAGGAGGAGACUUUAG